UCUGUCGCUCUCCGUCUCUCUGUAACUUAGCUCCUACAUAUUCACAGACAAGACGCUUCAAGGCUUAAGCUUUCUAAGACUUAUCUCUCUAUCUCUCUCUCUACCUGCAACCAUCUAAAGGGUUUUUGUUUAGAAGAGCUGAAUUUGGAGUUUUCUGAAUCAUGGGUGAAGGAGAAUUGAAGAAGGUUGAAGCAGCUGAAACUCCAAGCACAACAACAGAAUUAGCACCAAUGACACUAACACCAGUCACUGAGGAAGCUGUUUGUAAAGAUGAGAAAACUGUUUCGCCUCCACCAUCUGCUGAGAAAGUUGAUGACUCUAAAGCUCUUGCCGUUAUUGAAAAGGAAAAAACUGAAGUAGAGAAAAUUUCAGGGCAUGGAUCUCAUGAGAGAGAUUCUGCUCUUGCUCGGCUUGAAUCAGAAAAGAGAAUGUCUUUAAUCAAAGCAUGGGAAGAAAGUGAAAAGACAAAAGCAGAGAACAAGGCACUGAAAAAGAUGUCCUCCCUUUCAGCAUGGGAGAACUCCAAGAAAGCAACUAUUGAAAUGGAACUCAAGAAAAUUGAGGAAAAACUUGAGAAGAAGAAGGGAGAAUACAUAGAGAAAAUGAACAACAAAAUCGGUUUACUUCACAAGGAUGCAGAAGAAAAGAGGGCAAUGAUCCAGGCAAAACGCGGUGAAGAGCUUCUUAAGGCAGAGGAAACCGCAGCCAAGUACCGAGCAACAGGGUUAGCACCAAAGAAGCUCUUUGGAUGUUUAGGCUGAAAAUCUCAUCCCUGAAAACGCAGAAACAUUGUAUAUUAAUCAAAUUGUGUUUGUAAUUUCUUUCACUCUUUGGCCCUCUAGUCAUUUGACUCAUUUGUGUUUGUUUUGUUUAAAUUUAUGUGUGCAUAGUCAGGUGUUCUAUUUGUAUACAGAUACUACAUCUUCCCAUUCUGGGAGAUCAAGGUCAUGUGUUAUUUGUUGUAUUUUAGAAACUGAUGCUUGAAUAGAUUGAUGGUUUUGUAACAUUCUCAAGAUUUAAGCCAUAUUUAUUUCAUCCC